AGUCUCAAUGACUCUCCGUGCCCCCUACCUCAGACGAUCUAUGGAAAUCCUUGCGGAUCGACAUGGAGCAAAGACGGACCCUACGGGGGCGGGGAAUCAGUGGAGAAGAGGCCGCGGUGGUCGAACGACGAAUCACCUCGUCUGUAAUGCUACUUGGGAUGACCGGAGAAAUCCGAUGGCUGACCAAGUACCUGGACAAAGCGGAGUCGACUGAGAAUCUGCUCGAGCUACGAAGCGGUGGCACUUAUGUAAUCGUUAGCCCAUGGCCGAAAAGGAUGUACGUAGGAUGUACCACCAGGCCGAUCAUCCACAGAUGGCGUGAACACGUGGCGGCAGCAAACUCCAACUCACGAGGAAAAGCGCCGCAGCUAUAUCGCUGGAUGAGAACCUUCGGUGUUGACAGAUUCGUGGUGGUGCCUAUUAGGCACAUGACGGAGCAAGACGACUUCGUAUUCGAGCGAUACUUAAUCUGCGACCUUUGUCCUAGCCUGAAUACGCUAGGGACAUCCAGGCGCAGGAGCAUGAAGACGAGGAAACGGAGCGGGAGGAGAGAACGGAACAAGAGAGGGCAUAAGACAACAGGCACAUCUGUGGUGACAUUCAAGACAGCAGGAGGCGUACGUACGUCCAUCCUGAAUUGGCUGGAGGAGAAGAAAGAUACGUCGGGUGAACGGCUCGAGGUCGAGUUUUUACCGGGCAGACACUGGGCGGACGACUGGAAGAAGUUGGAAGCAAAGUACGGCGCAUUCGAAAUCCUGAUCGGUGGAAGGAACAUGACGUUUAAGAAGUCGAAGAAGAUGUGCCAAUCGGGAGGCAUAGCGAUCUUCCUGAAGAUCCAGAGGAUGAAUACGACCACAGAACGAAACAAGGUGUUUCUGAGUAAACUGCUGAGCCAACCAGGAAGAGUGUCUUCGCUCAAACGUUUCACGACCGCGAAACUAGUCGGUUUGUACAGGACUGUCGGACUCUUCGGUAAGAAGGUUACUCGCAACAAACUGAGGAUUGCGCUAGACAAGGUGAUUAGGCAGAAGACAGGGGUGAGCGUUCGGAGAUGUGACAGUAAAAUAUCCGUAUAGUGAAUGUGUCCUCAAAUCGCAAGUUAGAAAGAC